CGACGACCAAGCAGUUGCGAGUUGGCCCGACGGAAAGAACGAGCCGGCCGCGAUGGGAGAUGCUGCGGAAGGGUCGGGAAACAACAAGAAGGAGAUCCAGCCCGCCAAGUUCAUCGAGCUCCGCGUGGCGACCGCGUUCGGGGGUGGGCCCAAGUUUCUGGCCAAGUACGAGACCGAGCCAAACGAGAUCUGCAUCAAGGAGUUCAUCGAGAACGAAGAUCUGACGUGUCUGCUCUUCUCGGGCGACAACAUAAUAGCAUCGACCAAGAUGCCAGGGUCCCUCCAGCGCGGCAAAACCAUUAGCUUUCACAAAAUGCAUAAAUGCGUCCUCACCCCCAAGAACAUUUUGAGCGACGUCCUUGUGAGCGAACUCGGCACGAGCACACUCGAGCAUCUCGAGAAAUUGGUGUCCGAGAUCUACUUGCCCAUCUUUUCCAACCCGACCAACCAAGACGGUUGGGGCGAAGUCGCGUCCAAGGAGGUUGUGGACAAGUUUCAUUCGUACAUGGCGACGGUGUCCAUCAUCUCGGGGGCUAUCAAGGGCGAGACGUGCCUGCCGCUCCCGCCUGUCGACGGCAACUCGGCCAACCUCAAGAACAAGAUCUCGCUGUUGGAAGGAUCCAUCGUUACCUGGACCAAGCAAAUCAAGAAUGUGCUCAAGCAGGACCCGGAGGAGCUGCUCAAGCAAGGGCUAAACCCCACACCAGACGCCGAGAUUGAGUUUUGGAAGCUGAAGGCGGCGAAUUUGAACUCGAUUUUCGGCCAGCUCCAAAGCAAGCGCGUGCGCAAAAUUUUGACGGCGCUCGAUCGCAGCAAGAGUACAUACUGCACCACCUUUGCGCGGCUGUGCAAGGAAGUGUUUACGGCGCGCAUCGAAGCAAAUGACAACACAAAGUACCUCAGGACGCUCGAAGAGUGGUUCCACCGACUCAAUAACGACGAGGACUUUCCAAACCUGACUGAAGUGUUCAAGCCCAUGCUGCACAUCAUUUUGCUCAUCUGGAAAAACUCCAAGCACUACAACACGCCCGCCCGCCUCGUCGUCCUCAUCCGAGAGAUAUGCAACUCGCUCAUCAACCAAGCCCGGCGAUACCUGAGCGGCGAAAUGAUCUUUGGCUUGAUCGACCAGGACGAAGCGGGGCAGGCUGUUGAGCAGCUCAAGACAACGCUCCAAGUGUGUACUACAUUCAAGAGCAUCUACUUCGACUACAAAGCGACCGCAAACGCCGAAUGCCCGAGCAAUCCGUGGCGCAUCCAAAACAACGCGCUGUUUGUUCGACUCGACUCGUUCCUGGAGCGGUGCCACGAUAUCCUGGACCUGACCCAAACGAUCGUUCAGUUUAGUAAACUGAGCAAGAUGGAAGUCGGCGGCACCAAGGGCAAGACGCUCACGAUGAGUGUGCAGCAGAUCCACCACGACUUUACGGACGCCGUCAACACGUUCAAGAAGGUCUCGCAUGACAUUAUGGACGUCGGUGCGACGAAAUUUGACGACAACUUUUAUGAAUUUCGGUGCAAAAUCAAAGAGCUCGAGCGGCGGCUCGGGUCGGUUCUGACACAGGGCUUUGACGACUGCUCGACUGUGUUUGGCCGAUUCAAGCUCCUCGAUUCGUUUGAGGGUCUGCUCAAUCGCCCGAUCAUUCAAGACGAGCUCGAGAAGAAGCACGUGGCGCUGGUCCAAGCAUACGGCCAGGACCUCAAGCACGUCCAGGAACUGUUCCUGCACAGCCGGGAUUCGCCACCAAUCUCUUGGAACUUGCCGCCCAUCUCGGGCGCGCUCACGUGGUGCCGCGGGCUCAUCGAACGCAUCGAACACCCGAUGAAGAAACUCAAGGAGCUCAACCACAACGUGAUGGAGCGAGAAGAGGCCAAGGAAGUGUACAAAGUGUACGGCACCGUCCUUGCGUCCCUCCAAGAGUACGAGAACCAAAAGGUCGAAGAGUGGAGCCGCGACGUGGAGGCGAGCUCCCAGGCCAAGCUGAAGCUCCCGCUCAUCGUGCGCAACCCCCACACCCGCGUCCUCAAAGUAAACUUCGACCCGGCGCUCGAGAAGCUCUUGCGCGAAGUCCGGUACCUAAAAUGCCUCGGGCUGGACGUGCCGCAGUCGGCGCUUCAGAUCUUCCAGAAGGAAGAAGUGUUCCGCAAGUACAAGGGAGAUUUAAUGUACAUCGUGGACCCGUACAACUCGAUGAUCGAAGGCCUCCACCCGGUCGAGGAGCCCCUCGUGCGCAAGCACAUCAACAACAUCGAUGCGAGUGUGGGUCGUGGCAUCGAAGAGCUCAACUGGAAGAGCAACGGCGUCGAGACAUUUAUCGAGGACUGCCGCAAGUGUGUCGAGAGCGCCAACGAAGUUGUGACAAACCUCAAGGAGAACUUGACAACAAUCGAAACAACACUGACGACGUGGAACCAGCCGCUGCUCGAACGCCAGGCCAAGCCGAUCGCAGCCAACGAGCACGAACGCUUGCACAAGAGCUCGAUUGCGCAGCGCACACUCAAGAUCCGCGAAGGCGCAUCCGAGAUUCACCGGCGACUCAAGCAGUCCAACGCUGGCAUUGCUGGCGUCAACUCGGCGCAGUGGAAAGCGUAUGUCGACUACGUCAACAACAUCGUGGUCGGCGGCGUCGCGCGCGUGAUUUGCUCGAGCCUCGAAUUCCUCGCCAAGCAACUCGAGCCGAAUCAAACCCCGGCGAUCGCCGCGCCGGUCAAGGACGACAAGGAGUCGAAGAAGGAAUCCAAGGACGCCGGCGCCGCCACAAGGCUGCCCAUGCUCGAAAUCAAACUCGACUUGAUCUCGAACCGCGUCCAGUUCAACCCGUGCCUGACCGAGAACAACGGGAAAGGACUCCGCGAUACGAUUCAGAUGUGGAUCAACUCGUUUUUCAACGUCGCGACCGCCGUGCGACGCCUCGAUUCGGACGGCGGCGGCACGUACCUCAAGGAAAUGCACAGCGACAUGAACAUUUGCAUGCAGCUCGCCACGAUCAGCGAAUACCUCCAGGAGAACGAGGACCAGCUGAACGCGUUCAAGAAAAAAUACGACAACUACUCGUACCUGUGGGAGGCCAACAUGGACGACGUGUUUGCCGCGUUCUUGCAGGGCGCGCAGUACGUGAGCAGCUACGGCGCCACCAUGCUCAACCUGACGCGGUUCAACGAAGAAAUCACCAAAUAUUCGCGCGUGUCAAACGAGAUCGCCAACUUAACGACGCCGUCCGACGUGGGAUGGCUCCGAGUCAAUUCGCAGCCGAUCAAGACGGCCAUGGUGUCAUGGGUGAGCAAGUGGGUGUAUCAAUACACAACGUACUUGUACCAGCACGUCGUGACCAAGCUGAGUUCGCUGCACAAGUUUAUGGAAGUCGUUCUCAAGGGCCUGGAAGAGGAAGUUGUCGAGAAGAACAAGGAGGCGCUGAUGCGCGUGAUGACGCAUAUUCGAGACGUCCGCAAGCAGAUUGACGCGACGAACGAAAUGUUUGAUCCGCUGCGGCAGGCCGUCCACCUCCUCAAGACGCACGGGGUGAACGUCGACGAGUACAAAAUUGCCGACCAGACGAUCCAGGAUUACCUGGAAGCGGCGCCGCUGCAGUGGGAAGGCAUCGUGAACAAAACGUUCAAGAAGAAGGAAGAGAUCAUGCCGCUCCAGAUGGCCGAAGUCGAAUCGAUCAAGGGCGACUUGGAGUCGUUUUACCUCGACAUGCGCAAAUUUCGCAACGAUUUCCGCGCGCAUGCGCCGUUCACGUUCUCGGGCACGCCGGACGAAGCGUACAAAAAGAUCGACGACUACGCGGUCCGCCUCGCGGAAAAGGUCAAGCAGGCGAAGCAGUUCAACGAGCUCGAGGAACUGUUUGAGCUCCAGGUGAGCAAGUACCAAGAGACUACGGACACGCAGUACGAGCUGCAGCAGCUCAAAAAGGUGUGGGACCUCAAAGACUUUGCGCUCAACACGUUCAGCGACUGGAAGCGCGCGCUGUGGGUCAAAAUCGACACGGAAGGGAUGGAAGCAUUCACGCGCAACUUUAUGAAGCAGAUGAAGAUGGAAAGCAACGAGCACCAGAUCAUCAAACAAUGGCAGACGUACAAAGACACGGAGCAAAUGGCAAAGAACAUGUCGACGAUCUUGCCAUUGAUCAACGAUUUGCACUCGGAGGCGAUGCAAGAUCGGCACUGGAAGGCGCUGUCCGCGCUGUGCAAGGUGAAAGCGAUCGAUCCAAAGGACCCCAAGUUCAGCUUUGCCGACCUCCUCAAGUUGGAGCUCCACUUGCAUGUGGACGACGUUGGCGAGAUCGUCGAGACGGCCAACAAAGAACAGAAGAUCGAGAAGAAGCUCACGAUGAUUGAGGAACUGUGGCGCGGCCUCACCCUCGAUUAUGUUCCGCACAAGGACUCUGGCACGUUCGUCAUCAAGCCGUCCGAAGUCGUCGUCGAAUCCCUCGAGAGCAAUCAGCUCGAGCUGCAAACGAUGGUCGGGAUGGGCAAAUUCGUCGAGUUUUUCAAAGAGCGCGUGCUGACGAGCCAAAAGAGUCUCGGCCACGUCGAAGAAGUGUUGAAAGAAUGGGUCAGUGUUUCCAAGCAGUGGGCAUCGCUCGAGAGCAUCUUUCUGAGCUCCCCCGACAUCCGCAACCAGCUGCCCGAUGACACACGGACGUUCGAGAGCAUCGACUCCAACUUUAAGGACCUCAUGAAGAACGCCGUGUGCGAGCCAAACGUAGUGAUGGCGUGUACGGUUGAAAACCGCCUCGAGAGUCUCAAGGAAAUGACCGCGAUGCUCGAAAAGUGCCAAAAGUCCCUCAACGAGUACCUGGACAAGAAGAAGAAGAUUUUCCCCCGCUUCUACUUUGUCUCGAACGUCGCGCUCCUCGACAUUCUGUCCAACGGAAACAACCCGAAGAAGAUCAUGCCGUUCUUGGGCGACUGCUACGAUUCGCUCACAAACUUGAUCUUUGAAGACGGAAGCCCGAACACGGCGCACACGAUGAUUGCCAAGGACAAGGAACAAGUGAAACUCCCCAAGAUCUUUGUCAUGGCGGGGGCGGUCGAGUGCUGGCUGAAUGACCUGACCGAGGCCAUGCGGUACUGCAUCAAGAAGGAAAUGCACGACUCGAUCGAGACAGCCGCCAACUGGGACGUUGAAAAGCCGCGCCACUUGUGGCUCUUUGACUACUCGGCCCAAGUCGUACUCAAUUCGACGCAGAUCUACUGGACAGAGGAGACCGAGAUGGCGCUGGAAGAGUUUGAAAACGGCCAGGAAGACUCGGUCAAGCGGUACCUGGCCACGUGCAACCAGCGCCUCGAGCACCUGAUCAACCUCGUGCUGGGGGAGCUGAAGAAGGGCGACCGAUGCAAAAUCAUCGCGUUGAUCACGCUCGAUGUGCAUUCCCGCGACGUUGUCAAGAAACUCGUCGACGAAAAGGUCGAAGGGCCGCUGAGUUUUCUGUGGCAGCAGCAGCUCCGCUUUAUUUGGCGACAGGAAACGAUGGACGUCGACAUCCGCAUCACGGACUUUCGGUCCAAGUACUCGUACGAGUGGAUCGGCAACACGGGGCGCCUCGUCAUCACGCCGCUGACAGAUCGAUGCUACAUCACGCUCACGAUGGCGCUGCGGCUUUUCCUCGGUGGGGCGCCCGCCGGACCUGCUGGCACGGGCAAAACGGAAACCACAAAGGAUCUCGCCCGCGCCAUGGCGCUGUGUUGCUACGUCUUCAACUGCUCGGACCAAAUGAAUUACCAGACGAUGGCCGACAUUUUCCGGGGGCUGUGCCAGACCGGAACAUGGGGCUGCUUUGACGAGUUCAAUCGCAUCAACAUCGAAGUGCUGUCGGUGGUGGCGACGCAGGUCAAGUGUGUGCAGGACGCGAUUGUAUUCAACGCAGUGCCGGCCAACCGCGAGGAAAAGUACCGCCACAUCGCCGCGGGAACGCCGCCCGUGGUUGUCGGCGAGUUUGAGUUUAUGGGAGCAUCCGACCGCAUCACGCUGAUCCCGACCUGCGGCUUCUUCAUCACGAUGAACCCGGGGUACGCCGGUCGCACGGAACUGCCAGAGAACUUGAAGGUCCUCUUCCGGUCAUGCGCCAUGAUUCGGCCCGACUUGCGGCCCAUCUGCGAAAACAUGUUGAUGAGUGAAGGGUUUCAGCAGGCGCGGACGCUCGCGAUCAAGUUUGUCACGCUGUACCAGCUCAGCUCGGAGCUCCUGAGUAAACAGUUCCACUACGAUUGGGGCCUCCGUGCCGUCAAGUCGGUGCUCCGCGUCGCCGGCAUUCUCAAGCGCGCCGAGCCCGACGUCGAGGAAGAUAAAGUCCUCAUGCGGGCGCUGCGUGAUUUCAACACGCCCAAGAUCCCGCACGUCGACACGUCCAUCUUUUUGCGGCUCAUCAACGAUCUCUUUAUUGGCGUCGAAGUCGCGCCCAAGGUCAACAACGAACUGCGCGAGAAAACCGUGAUUGUGUGCAAGCAAAACAACCUGCAGUCGGACGAGUCGGUCAUUCUCAAAGUGUGCCAGCUCCAGGAACUCAUCGACGUCCGGCACUCGGUCAUGCUGCUCGGAUCGGCCGGCUGCGCCAAGACCACAACGUGGCAAACUCUCGCCAAGUGCUGGAACCUGAACAAGGACAAAAAGAUUUGUGUUUAUGAGACACUCAACCCAAAGGCGGUCACGUCGGACGAGUUGUACGGGUACAUGACGCUGUCCAAAGACUGGAAGGACGGUGUCAUCUCGAUCAUCAUGCGCGGGAUGGCCAAAAACUACGCGGAGCAAGGGUUUUACGAAAGCCAGAGCUACAAGUGGGUCGUGCUCGACGGCGACAUUGACGCCGUGUGGAUCGAGAGCAUGAACACUGUCAUGGACGACAACAAAGUUCUCACGCUCGUGUCGAACGAGCGCAUUCCGCUCUCGGACGCGAUGCGCAUGAUCUUUGAGAUCAACUCGCUCAAGAACGCUACGCCCGCGACCGUGUCCCGCGCCGGCAUUCUCUUCAUCAACGAAAUCGACAUUGGGUGGCGGCCGUUCAUGGAGUCGUGGGUCGCGCGCCGGGAAGACGAGAUCGAACGCACGUACCUCCCCGGCCUUUUUGACAAGUACAUCGAAGCGACGAGCGAAAUGACGCGCAAGGGAUUCAAGCAAGUGUCGCCCGUGCGCAUUAUCAACCAAGUGAGCACGAUCUGCUACCUCCUCGAGGGCCUCUUUACCGAGAUCCCACCCGAAAAGAAAACACAGGAAGUCAUCGAGUACGUGUUUGUGUUUUGCGCAACGUGGGCGUUUGGCGGGCCGUUCAUCGUGGACAAGAGCGUCGACUACCGCAAGAACUUUAGCGAGCUCUGGAUGGCCACAUUCACGACAGUCAAGUACCCCAAGGAAGGCACGUGCUUUGACUACUUUUACAACUACGACACGAACGAGUUCGACCACUGGAGUACAAAGGUGCCCAAGUACGUCCCGGCGCCGAUCGGGAAUGGCGCGGCCGACACGCCGUUUUCCAACAUCGUGAUCAGCACCAUCGACUCGAUCCGCCUCACGCGGCUCGUGUCUGUGUUGGUGAAUCGGCAGCGGCCGGUGCUGCUCGUCGGUGGGGCUGGCACCGGCAAGACCACGAUCCUCAAGAGCUUCCUCCGUAGCCUCGACGAGGACAUGCUGCACACGUGCAUCAACAUGAACUACUACACGGAUUCGUUCAAACUCCAACAGCAGCUCGAGCAAGUUAUCGACAAGCGCAGCGGGCGCAUGUUUGGCCCGCCCGCGACGAAGCGGCUCAUCUACUUUAUCGACGAUUUGAACUUGCCCUACAUUGAAACGUACGGGACGCAAAACUCGCUCGCGCUCAUGCGACAGCACAUGGACUAUAAGACGUUCUUUGACCGCGUCGACCUGGGUUUCCGCAAAGAGAUUGUCGAUGUGCAGUACCUGUCCGCGAUGAACCCGACCGCCGGCUCGUUCAUCAUCGACGAGCGGCUGCAGCGGCACUACGCGCUUUUUGCGUGCAUGAUGCCAAGCAAAGACGACCUCAAGACCAUCUACAACAGCAUCUUGAAGGGCCACUUUGGGUUUGGGUUUUCACCGACGUUGGUUAACGCAAGCGACAACUUUGUCGCGGUCAGCAUCGCGGCGCACGAAGACAUUUGCAACAAAUUUUUGCCGAGCGCGACCAAAUUCGUGUACAACUGGAACAUGCGCGAGCUCAGCAACAUCUUUCAAGGCCUUGUCCGCGCCAAGGGCGACUUUUACCCGACCGUCGAGUCGUUUGCGCGGCUUUGGAUCCACGAGUGCACUCGCGUGUUUUGCGACCGCAUGAUCAACAACGAGGACGUUGACAAGUUUACGGAACGCAUGCGCGAGAUCAGCAAAAAGUUUCUCCCUGACGUCGACCAGGAGAAGCUCUUCCCGAAGCCAUCGUCUGGCGACGACAGCGAUGGCGCCGGCAUCGUGAACAUUUUUACAUCGUUCGCCACGCCCGUGGCCGGCAGCGAUACGCCGUACCUCCCGAUCGUGUCGAUGAAGCAGCUCAACAAGGUCCUGUCUGACCAACUCGACGACUACAACCAAAAGUACUCGAUGAUGAAUUUGGAACUGUUUGACAACGCGAUGGAGCACGUGGCGCGCAUUUGCCGCAUCAUCGGGAGUCCCGGUGGCAACGCCAUGCUGAUCGGGGUCGGCGGGUCCGGCAAACAGUCGCUCAGUCGCCUCGCGUCGCACAUUGCUGGCUUUGACGUUCGGCAGCUGAGCGUCACGUCCAACUUUAAGAUCGAGGACUUGAAGGAAAGUUUGGCCGAGAUGUUUAAAGCGUCCGGCGUCGCCGGUCUGCCGAUUGUGUUUUUGAUCACGGACUCGCAGAUCGUGAACGAGCGCUUCCUCGUAUACAUCAACGACAUGCUGAGCUCGGGAUGGAUCCCGGACCUGUUUGCAAAAGAUGAAAUCGACGGCCUCCUCAACGGCCUGCGCACCGAAGCCAAGUCGCAAGGAGUCCCCGACACGCCGGAAACCCUCAUGGACUUUUUACUCCUCCGCAUCCGACUCAACUUUCGCAUCAUCAUGUGCUUCUCGCCAGUCGGCGCGGUCUUCCGCGUGCGCGCGCGCCGCUUCCCUGGGCUCGUCAACUGCACCGUCAUCGAUUGGUUCCACCCGUGGCCGCGGGAGGCCCUCGUACGUGUGGCCACGAGUUUCCUGGAGAAAGUCGACGACUUGGGCGACGCCGCGCUCAAGAAGAGCAUUGCCAACCACAUGGCCGACGUCCACAUCAGCGUGACCGACAUGAGUAAAAAGUACUUUGAAACGCAGCGUCGGUACAACUACGUUACGCCCAAGAGUUUUCUCGAGCUCAUUAGCUUUUACGAGAUCCUGCUUGGCCAGAAGAAACAAGAAAUCCAGCGCCAGAUCACGCGCCUCGACGACGGGCUGAGCACGCUGCGGAAAACAUCGGCGGACGUGGCUGAACUCCAAGUCGACUUGAAGCAAACGAUGCUGAUUGUGGCGGAAAAACAAGCGUCGACGGACCUGUUGCUCGAGCAGAUGGGCAAAGAAAAAGCCGGCGCCGAGAUCCAGCAGGAAAAUGCCAACAAAGAAAAGGUCAAGGCCGAAGCCGCGAGCGCAUCUGCCCAGGAGCUAUCGACGCAAGCCGAGAAGGAACUCGGCGCGGCAAAACCUGCCAUGGACGCUGCUGCCGCCGCCGUCGAUUGUUUGUCAAAAGCUGCGAUCCAAGAACUCAAGUCGUUGCCCAAACCUCCCGCCGGCGUCGACCUCGUUACGAAAGCGUGCUUGAUUCUGGUCGAGAAGGAGUACAAGAACCAUAAAUGGGACCGCGCCAAGAAGAUGAUGAAUAAUCCCGGCGCGUUCCUCGACAGUUUGAAGGUAUUUCGCGGCGAAGACAUCCCGGAGGCCGACAUUGGGCGCGUCGAGCCCAUGAUUGCCGACCCCGAGUUCACGGCGGAGAAGAUGGCGUCCAAGUCGGCGGCCGCCGCAAAUUUGUGUUCGUGGGUCGUGAACAUUUAUACAUUCAAUCGGAUUUACGUACGCGUCAAGCCGCUCAUGGACUCGCUCGAGUCGUCUCGAAAGAAGAAAGAAGAGGCAGAAGAGACGCUGGCCAAAGCGAUGAGCCAAGUCGCUGAAGUUCAGCGGCGGUUGGAAGUGCUCGAGGACACGCUCCGGCAAGCCACAGAGGAGAAACUCCAGGUCGAACUGAUGAAGCAAAAUUGCGAGAAUCGGCUCGUGUUGGCAGGAAAGCUCGUAAACGGCCUCGCGAGUGAAAACGAACGGUGGGGAGUCGAGAUCGGCCAGCUCCGCAACAAUGCAGUCAUGGUGGUUGGGAAUUCGCUGCUCGCUGCCGCGUUUGUGUCGUACAUUGGCGCAUUUGACCAACAGUUCCGAAAGGAUUUGUGGUUCACGACGUGGGUGCCGGACUUGGUGUCCAAGGCAAUUCCGUUGACAGAAGGGAUCGAUCCCCUCAGCAUGCUCACGAACGAAGGAAAGAAUGCCAAAAUGAUGAGCGAGGGUUUGCCUGCCGAUCGCAUUUCGAUCGAAAACGGAUCGAUCAUCACCAACUGCAAGCGGUGGCCGCUCAUCAUUGACCCGCAGCUGCAAGGGAUCAAGUGGCUCCGCGAAAAGGAAAAGCAUCGCGAGUUGGUCGUGAUCCAGCUCACGCAAAACCAGUGGCUUCGCAAGAUGGAGACCGCCAUCGUGAAUGGCCACGUUGUCAUUGUCGAGAACAUCGGGGAAGAGAUCGACGCGACUCUCGACCCGGUGCUAGCCCGCGCCGUCUACCGCAAGGGCUCGAGCGCCAACCUGUACCUCAAAUUCUCGGGCGAAGAGGUCCAGUACGAGCCGUCGUUCUUCAUGUACUUGCAGACGAAGCUGAGCAACCCGCACUACAAGCCCGAGAUUGCUGCGCAGUGCACGCUUAUCAACUUUAUUGCGACCGAGAGCGGGCUCGAAGAUCAGCUCCUGCAGAAGGCCGUCAACAAGGAGCAGCCCGAGCUGGAGAAGCAAAAGCAGGAACUCGUGCUGGCGUUCCAAAAGUUCAAAAUCGACCUGGUCGAACUCGAAGAUCAGCUACUGGAACGACUUGCUAACGCCCCCGAUGACAUCCUGAGCGACGUUCCUCUGAUCGAGUCGCUGGAAGAAACAAAGAAGAAGGCGACGGACAUUGCGAUCUCGGUCAAGAAGAACCAGGAAACCGAGAUCGUUAUCAACAACACGCGAGAGCUGUACCGCCCGGUCGCGGCGGAAGGCGCGAUGCUGUACUUUUUGCUCACGACGUUGUGUGCAAUCGACCACAUGUAUCGGUACUCGCUCGACUCGUUCGUCACAUUCUUUUUUGCAUCCAUCGACCGUGCGACGCCCGCCGAGAAGCAGUCCGAUCGUGUGCUGAACCUGCGCGAGUCGCUUCGGAUCACAGUCUUCACGUGGGUGUCUCGAGGGCUCUUUGAGUCGCACAAGCUCAUCUUCCUCAGCCAGCUCACAUUCAACCUCAUGAAGCGCGGUAUCCUUGGCGAGGAAGUUCGCAUCGCCGACACGUACAUGCAAUUCUUGUUGCGUGGCCCCAAGAAGACGGGGUCCGCCGACAGCGAUGCAAAUCCCAUCGACUGGCUCCCGAACGCGCAAUGGUAUUCGAUCCAGGCGCUCGCGACGCUGGAAGAGUUCAACAAGAUGCCGCAGGACCUGAAAGAAGCGUCGUCGCGGUUCCGGGAAUGGUACAACCAUGUGACCCCCGAGAGCGAAAAGUUGCCGCUGGACUGGGCUGGUCUCGACCGCACGCCGUUCUUGAAGCUCCUCGUCGUGCGGUGCUUGCGCCCGGAUCGAAUGACGUCGGCCGUGUCCGAGUUCAUUCGGCACGUCCUCCCGAACGGAUCCAUGUACUGCGACUGCGACUCGUCGCUCAACUCGACGCAAGUGAUGGACAACAGCUACCUUGACUCGACGCCGACGACGCCGCUCUACUUUAUUCUGUCCCCUGGGGCGGAUGUCGUCGCCGGGCUAGACAAGCUCGCCGUCAAGUACGGGUUCGAACGAGGGGUGUCGUACCACAACGUGUCGAUGGGCCAAGGGCAGGACGUGUUUGCGAUGGAUCGGCUCGAAGUCGCGCAUCGAAACGGGCAUUGGGUCAUCUUGAACAACAUCCACUUGAUGCCGAGGUGGCUCAUCACGCUCGAGAAGAAGCUGGACGAGUUUGCGCUGGAAGGAAGCCACAAGAACUUUCGCCUCUUUUUGACGUCGGACCCGUCGAAUGCGAUUCCCAUCGGCGUCCUCAAUCGAUGCAUCAAACUCACCAACGAGCCACCGAGCGGCCUCAAAGCCAACUUGAAGCGUGCGUUUGUGAGCUUUCCGAAAGAGUACAUUGAAGAAGCCGAAGGCAAGGUCAAGUCGAUUCUCUUUGGGCUGUGCCACUUCCACGCUGUCAUGAUGGAGCGCAAGAUGUAUGGCCCCCUUGGAUUCAACAUGAUGUACCCGUUCUCGCUCGGCGACUUGCGCGACAGUGCAAUCUGUUUGACCAACUACCUCGAAAACUCGGCGGGCGGCAAGAUCCCGUGGGCCGAUCUCAAGUAUAUCUUCGGCGAAAUUAUGUACGGCGGCCACAUUGUGAACGACUUUGACCGGCUCCUGGCCAACACCUACCUCGACUUCUACAUGCGCGACGAGCUCCUGGACGAGAUGGAGAUGUUUCCUUUUGUCGGGGACGAGAAGGGCCCGUCCUUCAUGUCCCUCGCGCCAUCGUCGUACGACAAGUACCUCGAGCACAUUGAGACGGAGCUCAAGUCGGACUCGCCGCUCGCAUUUGGGCUCCACCCGAACGCCGAAAUCGACUUUCGCACGACGCAAAGCGAAAGUUUGUUUCGAACGUUGAUGGAACUCCAGCCGCGUGAUGCGGCGGCAGGCGACGCGGCGUCCAGUCCGAUGGAGAUUGCUCGGACGGCGCUUGAAAUGAUCAUGGGGCGCAUUGGGGAAAAGAAGUUUGAAGUGGACGACAUCACGAGGUCGCUGGAAGAGAUCGGGCCGUACCAAAACGUGUUUUUGCAAGAGUGCGACGCGCUCAACGUGCUCUUACAGGAAAUCUCGCGAUCGCUCAACGAGCUCCAGCUUGGUUUCCUCGGUGAACUUACCAUGAGCGACGCGAUGGAAAGCGUCCAGGAAGCGCUCUUCCUCGACCGCGUCCCCAAGACAUGGGAAAAGCUCGCGUUCCCGUCCAUGCGGGCGCUCGGCGGAUGGCUCGUCAACCUGGAGCAGCGACUGGCGCAGCUCGACGAGUGGACGCAAAACCCGAGCGACAUCCCCAAAGUCACGUGGCUCAGUGGCAUGGUCAACCCCCAGUCGUUUUUGACCGCGAUCAUGCAAGUGACCGCCCAAAAGUGCCAGCUCGAACUCGACAAGCUCGUGAUCCAGACCGACGUGAUCAAGCGCAAGAGCACUGAAGUCGACGCACCUUCCCGCGAUGGCGCGUACAUCCACGGUCUGUUUCUCAUGGGCGCGCGGUGGGAUUCCAACAACACGACCGUGGACAAGUCGUUCCCGAAAGAGAUGUUUUGCGCCAUGCCCGUCGUCAAUUGCAAAGCGAUUCAGGCCGACAAGCUCGACCUCAAGGGAUCGUACCUCUGCCCGUGCUACAAGACCGAAUUCCGAGGCCCGACAUAUGUCUUCUCCGCCCAGCUCAAGACGAAAUCCCCACCGGCGCGGUGGGUGCUGGCCGGCGUCGCCCUCAUCAUGGAUGUCCCAGUUGUCUAGCCAAUGCCACGUCGGCGCUUGUAACAUAAAUAUUCUAUUCGCUCGACGCGUCCUACUGCAGCAGCAACUCGACGACGUGCAUGUGGCCGUUCGCCGUUGCCAGCCUCACGGCCUCGGCACGGUGCCACGUCGUUUGGAUGUUGUGCAUAAGAUAUCGCACGAUGCUCAAGUGCCCAUGGGCGGCGGCGCCAGUCAGGGCAAAGCUGGUGCAUGGGGCUUCGACGUGCUCGGCUAAAUACCGCACGAUCCGUUCGUGGCCGUUCAUGGCGGCGCGAUCGAUAGCUGCCCGCGUGCACCCUUCUCGUCGAUGCGUGUGAAGGUACUGGACAACGUCGAAGUGGCCAUUUUCGCUCGCCUGAUCCAUUGCGACAGACGUACAAGGAUGGCCGGUCUCGUGGAGGAAUUGCACAAUGUUCAAAUGCCCUCCCCAUGCUGCCGCAUCCAUCACGCUCGGAUUGUUUCGUUCGUCUAUCACGUCCAGCAAGUGCUUCAAAACGGCAACGUGGCCGCAGGAGGCUGCCGCUUCGAGAGUCAAACUCAACUGGAUUGGCGAGUGCAAGUAGGACGUGCCCAGCAGCCGACGGAGGAUCCCGAGGUGACCAGUUCGACCGGCCAACGGCAGGUGCCAUGCUUGACUCAUGCUGUCGUACCCGUUGUCGCAGAGAAAAUCGACCAUGUCCAUUCGUUGCAUGUGCAGAGCACCACGCAUCGCGUCGGAGGUACAGCCCUCCGUGCGAUGGUGCUGCAGCCACAUCGCGACGUCGAGGUGACCGUUUCGCACCGCAGCAUUCAUGGCAAAUGUCGAGCAGCCCUCGCUUCGGUUGGUGUGUAGCCACUGCACGAUGUCCAAGUGGCCGUUCGCUGCGGCCAGAUCCAUCGCGUUCCUUGUGCAUCCUUCGGAUCGAUGGUGUUGCAGCCACUCGACAACGUCCAAAUGACCAUUUGCAGCGGCUAAUUCCAUCGCCGCCACAGAGCAUCCCUCGGUUCGAUGCGCGUGGAGCCAUCGAACAACGUUCAAGUGUCCAUUCCCGGCAGCGUGGUCCAUGGCUGCGUCGGUGCAACCUUCAACGCGAUGGAGAUGUAGCCAUUCCACGACAUGAAGAUGCCCACCUGCUGCCGCUUCGUUCAUUGCGUCAGUCGUGCAUCCUUCAAUUCGGUGUUGGUGAAGCCACCGUACCACUUCCAAGUGGCCAUUAGACGCUGCAAAGUCCAUCGCGGCCUCCGCGCAACACUCAUCAUCUUCCCAUGCCAUGUGUAGGCGUUGCACGAGGUGGAGAUAUCCGCACGACGCAGCGUCCUCCAUGGACCAUUCGUUGGUCGUAUCGAUGAACUCACUGAUGAUGGCAAGGACAGAGUCGUCGUCGAUCGCGGCGCGGCAAGCAACGUCGACGCACGUCAAGUUCAUCCUUGGACGCGACAUGAUGCAAAAUGGUUC